AUGGCGCCCGUCUCCCGGCUUCACGAAGCCGCCCGCUCCCUCGUCUCCUCCCUUGCGACGGAGUUUCCGAAACACCUCAACCUCCCCUCGCGACUCCCCUCCCUGCAUCCCCGCGACAUCGACAUCAGUUCAGCCGAUCCAGCGGUCCUCAAAUCCAUCCUCGACAGCACGCGGACGUACCAGAUCCUCGCCAUCUGGAGUCCGGACCUUACCGCGGUCGUCUUCUGUUACUUCUUUGCGGCGAUGCUGAAAGGUAGUACGGAGUUGCUGGUGAGGCGAGAAGCGGUGGAGCGCGCUUGGGCGAGCGUGAGAGGGAAGAAGGGGACGGACGGGAUUGAGGUUGCGGAUGUUAAGGCGCGACUGUCGGUACCGGCGAAGGCUGCCGUCAGCCAUUUCUUCAACCUCGUCCUCACAACCACUGUCCUUGCUCUCCAACUCUACGCCUGGCGUCUCUUCGUCGUGCCUCAGACGCCUAUCCGCAUCGACGACGUCGAAGUUCUCAUGGUUGCUCUCAAGCUCCUGCUCGUCGGCUACGCCGCCGACCUGAUCUUCAGCGCCUUCAGCAUCGAUAUAUUCAUCCACCAUCUCUUCACCUUCGCUCUCCUCGUUGUUGGCCAAAUCGCAGCCUACAAGACUUCCGAGCUCAAAUUCUGCCGGCUAGCCCAAUGGCUGGUCCUCCAAGCAACCCUCGAGCAAGCGGAAUACGUUGCGCUGGGGUGCUACCAACUCUCGAAGUAUUAUUCGAUCCAGGAGCGGCCGGAGACGGCGAGGAAGAUGCUGAGGGUUGCAUAUAGAGCGAUGAGGGUAUCGAGCUACAUCUGCUGGGUGCAGAAGUUCUUGCCGGUGGCAUUCGCGAUUUACUGGCUCAAGCGGCUCUGGGCAGAAGUCGACUACCUCCCCUGGGGUCGCGCCUGGUGCGCGAUGGCCACCACAGUCCUCUCGCUUCUCCUAAUCCUCCAAGUCCGUUUCUGCGACGACCAAAGCUCGCUCGCUGCGCACUUUCGCCACAAGCUUGAAGGAGGCCCUCCUCCGCCUCGAAAUGGGCCGGUCAUCCGCUUCCUCCUCCGACUCUUCCGCUCGCGAAAUCGCAGGGAGCCUUCUUCACCACUACCGCAGCACGUAGAAGAGUGCACUCAGCUCGAUGACGCCGAAAAACCCGUCUGUGAAGCCGGACGCGGUUGA